AUGAGCACUAAGAGUCUCAUGUACGUCUUCCUUGUUGAAGAGAGCCCUGACUGUGACAAGUACAUCGUUGACGGAAGCAGGAAGCCUCGUCACAAAUCUAAGCUAUGGCUCUUCAACUGCAUCUUCAUGAUCCUUCCCUACACCAUCUUCGUCAUAAUGAACUUCAUUUGGCGCAUAACCUACAUCAACGACGAGGGCGUGUGUAUCAUUGGUAUGCAAAAGAUUGCUAUGAUGCCGCUCAUCAUCUUUGAGGUCAUCGUCAACGUCUACCUUACUCUCCUUUUCAUUAUUCCUCUCCGUGGAUUGCACUCCUACCAAACAAACGCGAACCCGGUACUCAAGCGUAUGGCUUUCCGCUCGUUCAUCGGAUCAUGCGCGACGCUCACAACUUCCGUCAUCAACCUUACAAUCCUGAUGGUAAUGAAGGGCGAGCCUGGCUGGAUCUGCCUCAUGUGUUGCAACGCCGAUAUCCUAUUCUGCGUCGUCGUGCUUCACUGGGUCACCUCCAAGGAGCAGAAGGAAGAAUCGGCCGCGCGCUCGGGCAUUGCCACCGGCAGCAAACCUGCCAACGGCACCAUCGGCUCUCACAUGUCGCGCUCCCGCCGUGUGUCCAUCACCGAAGUCGAGCUCGAGAUGGACAAGCAAAAGGGUUCGAUCACCUCCAACUCCUCGGCUAUACGGCCAGAUUCCGCGCUGAAUCAGCACCUGGGUCGCCAAACGACGAUUACGACGGAGAUCAAGAGCGUGGCACCACAGGGAGUGUAUCAGAGAUACAGGAGUGAGUGGGACUCUGAGCCAAAGAAGGGGCAGAAGGAAGAUGAAGUGGAGUUGAGGAAUAUCCGUGUACAAACCGUCCAGACGAGGGAAGUGGAGGUGGAUGGAGAUAGAAGUCUAAGCCAUAGUGCUGGAGCGAGCACAGAUGGUGACGGUGAUGAUUGGAGCCGCAGGGGCGUGGUCGUUGAGAGAAUUGUUUGA